AUCCCCUCUCUCCCUUUCCUUUCUCUGCCUUCUGUCAGAGAGCAGCACAAUGCAGGGUACAAACAUAAGGCAAAUGCCAGAACCUAUUAUCAGCAAUUUGAGGCGCAACAAAAUCAAAGUUUGAUCCACCAAAAGAUCCAGGAACAUCUUGGGCAAACUACUGCAUACCAGCAAGUUGGUGCUGCUUACAAUGCACUGAGGCCCCGUGUGCCUAUUCUUCCCACUCCAAUGAUGCCAAUGGCAGGGAACACCCAGUUACCUGUCAAUUCACCAUUAAUCCCUGGAGCUAGGCCACCAGUCUUGCCAAGACCACUUCCAGGUUAUAUGUCUGCACCAGUGAUGCCACCAAUGGUGGGGCCACCUGCUGCUGCUGCUGCUUUGCCUGGUCAAAUUACCAACCUCCCAAGGCCUCCACCAAUGGGUGCUCCAUCAGCAGUUCCAGGGACCACUAUGACUCCUGCUAGUGUUUCCACCUCAAUGGUUACCCCAGCUAUGUAUCAGGCGGCUAAUUCAGCGCCACCUACAAGUGGAGAAUUGACUGUGUAA